AUGUCCAUUUCACAAACAUUCUCUUCUAUAUUUAUUAUCCUAUAUUUAACAAUUGGAGUAGCCAUCUCCCAAUAUGACUAUGAUUGUCGUUGGAGAAAGAAUGUAACUGAUAUAUCUGAAAUAGCUCAUCAUAAAUAUCAAAUUCUUGAAGAUUGUAUUUAUUAUAAGUUAAGUUCUGAUGCUAAUAAAAUGCAAGGACGUGGUAAUUCAAUUAUGACAUUACCACCUACUGUACAGGCUGGUGAACAUCUUGAAUUAGAUAUUUUAAAUGUUGGAUUUAGACAAAUAUGGAUGAAUGAAUUAUGGAAAACUAUGGCAAUAAGUGGAUAUAUAAAUUUUUCAUGGAAAGAUCGUCGUUUUAAAUGGGAUAAAAGUGAUUUUGUAACUGAUGAAAUAAAUAUUAAAAGUUCUUCAAGAAUAUGGAUUCCUGAUAUAACUACUGAUAAAUCAGUAUACUCUGCUCAAAAUUCUGAUUUUACAUUCUUUAAAAAUAUUAAAGCAAGAAAUACUGGAAAUAUAACAACAAGAAUGGAAUAUAAAGUUGAAGCAGAUUGUAAUACAGAUUAUUCUGAUUUUCCAGAUGACAAAAAACAAUGUUGUUUUAAUUUCCGUUCAAGUAUAUAUCCAACAUAUAUUAAAUAUUAUUUAUAUAAUGAUCAUAUUGAUCUUAAUGAAUUAAGAAGUAAUUGGCAUGUUCAACAAAGUCAUAUUCAUAUAAAUAGUGAUUUAAAUGAUCCAAAAAAACAAUAUAUAAAUAUUUGUAUGAAUGUUAAAAGAAGAGCUCCUAUUUUAAGAGUUGAAUUAGUUCUUCCUAUGGUUAUUUCAGGAUUAAUAACAAUUUUAGCACCAUUCUUUGGAAAACUUGAAAUUCAAUUAUAUGUUAAAUUAUUUGCUUUACUUCUUCAUUUAAUGUCUUUUCAAUUUCUCUCUGAAAAAACACCACAACUUGGAUUUGGAGAGACUGUCCCAAAUCUUUACGUGUUUUAUGUUUUUACAUUUGCAAUAACAUUUGUCAGUAUUUUUUUAACACUUAUUACUACAGCUUUAAAUCGUGUUCCACGUCACCUUCCACCAUCACAUGGAUUAACAUUAUGGGCAAAUUUAUGCAAUUCUUUACUUUUUUGUUCCGCUGAAUCAGUCUCAUCUAAUGAUACAGAAAAAGGAACUAAAGAUUAUACUGGCAAUUGGUGUCAAAUAUAUAUAGCUUUAAAUAAUUGUUUUUCAAUUAUUGUCUUAAUUGUUUAUAUUGUUGGAAUAGUUAUCCUAAGUUUUUGA